AUGGGAUCAGUUCCUCAAACUGGAAGUGGGACUAAAAGAAAAACAAAAAAACGAAAGAAUGGACGAGGGACAAAAAAACUAAAUAGCCCGUCUGAAGGGGCGGGCAAACAAACUAAAGGUUCGCUAUUAAACUGGAGGUGAUGUCUUUGAUACUGUAGUUGGCACAGCCGCAGAAGCUUUUGUUGAACAUGGAUUGCCUUGGUUGGGUCGAAAAACAGUUGAGAUGGGUCGUUAUGGAGCAAGUGAAGCACUCAGAAAUAAAAAACUAGAGCGUAAAGCUGUAAAUUACGGGAUUAGUAAACUAACUCCAUUUAUUCAAGAUUCUGUUGGAUCUGCUAUGGAACAACUAUCAACUAAAGUUAGGCCAAAAAAGAAAUACAGAACUGAUAGAAAGGAUUUAGAUGGAAGAAGUGGUAAGGGUAUUACUCCAAUGACCGCAUCGGGUAUUUCCCCGAGGACUGUUGUAAAAAAAGCGCCAGAUAUCGCAAUGAAAACAACGCAAGAACUUAUUCCAUCUCUAAAACCAGUUUACGAUAGAUAUAAAUCUGGGGAUAUUUUCAAAUCCGCUUUUGGAAGUGAACAUAGAAUUACAUCAGAGAAAUUCUGGAGACGGCCAACAGCGGCGGAAGAGAAAGCAAUGGGAAUAAUACGAAAAAGUGGUAAUCCUGAGUUAUUCUUUGCUUUUAACAAAGAUGGAAAGCAUUUUAGAAGGUACAAAUCAACCUUUUUUAAUGAAAACCCAGAAGCUUUAACAGAAAUGGCAGAGAUUAUUAAAAACAAUCCAGAUACAUGGCCAAUGUUAAUAGGUUUUAAAUAUGAAAUUAUCCCCGAUGAUCACUUUUGGGAAAACAAUCCAUUACAAAGUUUAGGAAGUGGAACCGCGGCUCCAGUUAUUUAUGGACGGGUACGUGGAAAGACUGGAAAAGGAAUAAAUAUACGUAAAGCCAUUCUAAAAGUAGCACCCAAAAAAGGUUUCGUACUGCCUGGGCAUAAGUAUACUAGACCUGGUAACCCACUGGAUUCUCAAUUAAAAUACAAACCUCAAACGGGAGAGAUAUUGGAAAUUUAUGAACAACCAACUGGCCGAACAGAUGCUGUUAGUGUCCAAUAUGAUGUUUACUAUAGUGUCUGUGCAAACAAACCAAAAGAGGAACAAGUAGAAUGUAAAAAUGAAGCUGACAGAAACAUGAUAAAAGCGUUAGAUGUAAUUCCUUGGAAAAAAAGACAAUGGGGUCACGCUAUGGCUAGAACAAUGAUUAAUACAAAACAAAAACUUGGAAUGGGUCUUCAAAAAAACGCUCGUCGGCGUUGA